UGAACAAUUCCGUAGUCUCAAGAUUCAGGUACUUGUGUGGAAAAUCUAGUUGAAAGCAAAAGAAGAAGAAAAUCCAUUUGUGCCCUCUUAGUUUCCAAACUAUGAGCCAAGGAAGAUAGAGACAAAGCAAAAAAAACCCUUCUUCUCCUUGGUUCUUCUUGCUGGGUUUUUUUCAAAAGUGUGAACUUUGGUUAUUAGAUUGAGUUUUGUGGUUUGUGAAGUUACUCGCGGUUUGAGGAAAAGGAACUGCAAAAGUUCGUGCGGUAUUAGGAAAGGUCGGCUAUUUGGGUUUUUUUUGGUAGCUGUGAAAUUUCAAGGGUGAAGUUUGAAAGAUGGCAAUGUCCUGCAAGGAUGGUAAACCUGGGAGCUUGGAUAAUGGGAAAUAUGUAAGGUACACACCUGAGCAGGUCGAGGCCCUUGAAAGGCUGUAUCAUGAAUGCCCUAAACCCAGUUCGAUUCGUCGGAAGCAGCUGAUUAGAGAGUGCUCUAUUCUCUCCAACAUUGAGCCAAAACAGAUCAAAGUUUGGUUCCAAAUAGAAAGAUGUAGAGAGAAGCAGAGGAAAGAGACAUCACGCUUUCAAGCUGUGAAUAGGAAGCUGACAGCAAUGAACAAGCUUUUGAUGGAGGAGAAUGAUAGGUUGCAGAAUCAGGUCUCACAGCUGGUGUAUGAGAAUGGUUGCUUUCGUCAGCAUACUCAGAAUGCGACCCUUGCAACCAAAGAUCCUAGCUGUGAAUCGGCGAUGACAAGUGGUCAACACCGUGUGACACAGCAGAAUCCUCCUAGAGAUGCUAGUCCUGCAGGGCUGUUGUCCAUUGCAGAAGAAACUUUAGCAGAGUUUCUUUCAAAGGCCACUGGAACUGCUGUAGAGUGGGUCCAAAUGCCUGGAAUGAAGCCUGGUCCGGAUUCCAUAGGAAUCGUUGCUAUUUCUCAUGGUUGCCCUGGAGUGGCAGCACGUGCCUGCGGCCUUGUGGGUCUUGAACCUACAAGGGUUGCAGAACUCCUCAAGGAUAGGCCUUCGUGGUUCCGCGAUUGCCGAGCUGUGGAUGUUUUGAAUGUGCUGCCUACUGCCAAUGGUGGGACCAUUGAGUUGCUGUACAUGCAGCUCUAUGCGCCAACGACAUUGGCGCCUUCUCGCGACUUCUGGUUGUUGCGUUAUACUUCUGUUCUAGAAGAUGGAAGCCUCGUGGUAUGUGAGAGAUCUCUGAAAAAUACUCAAAAUGGCCCAAGCAUGCUUCCAGUGCAGAAUUUUGUGAGAGCAGAAAUGUUUGCGAGUGGAUACCUUAUUCGCCCUUGUGAAGGGGGUGUUUCAAUCAUACACAUUGUGGAUCAUAUGGAUUUGGAGCCUUGGAGUGUGCCAGAAGUGUUGCGCCCUCUUUAUGAAUCAUCAACAGUGCUUGCUCAGAAAACGACGAUGGCGGCUUUACGGCAACUGAGGCAGAUAGCUCAAGAGGUUUCUCAACCUAAUGUGACUGGCUGGGGUCGACGACCAGCAGCCUUACGGGCACUUAGCCAGAGGUUGAGCAGGGGUUUUAAUGACGCUGUCAAUGGUUUCACUGAUGAGGGGUGGUCAAUGAUGGGAAACGAUGGCAUGGAUGAUGUUACUAUACUUGUGAACUCAUCUCCUGACAAGCUAAUGGGCCUCAAUCUUUCAUUUGCUAAUGGGUUUCCAUCUGUCAGCAAUUCAGUCUUAUGUGCUGUAGCCUCAAUGCUUUUACAGAAUGUUCCUCCAGCAAUCCUACUUCGUUUCCUACGGGAACACAGAUCAGAAUGGGCUGACUGCAGCAUUGAUGCCUACUCAGCUGCAGUUGUUAAUGUUGGUCCCUGUAGCCUACGAGGAUCUCGAGUAGGAGGUUUUGGCAGUCAAGUUAUACUUCCCCUGGCACAUACUAUUGAACAUGAAGAGUCCUUAGAGGUGAUUAAAUUGGAGGGAAUUACGCAAUCUCCUGAAGAUGUACUAAUGGCGAGAGAUGUUUUUCUCCUGCAACUAUGCAGUGGAAUGGAUGAAAAUGCUGUGGGCACCUGUGCUGAGCUUAUAUUUGCUCCCAUAGAUGCUUCUUUUGCUGAUGAUGCACCUCUUUUACCUUCUGGUUUCCGUAUCAUUCCUCUCGAUUCUGGGAAGGAAGCCUCUAGUCCAAAUCGCACUCUUGACCUAGCUUCUGCUCUUGAGAUUGGGCCAGCUGGAAAUAAAGCAUCUAAUGAUUGUUCUGCUGGUGCUGGCUGCGUGAGAUCUGUGAUGACCAUAGCAUUCGAGUUUGCUUUUGAGAGCCACCUUCAAGAACAUGUAGCAUCUAUGGCCCGACAAUAUGUUCGUAGCAUUAUAUCAUCAGUUCAGAGGGUGGCAUUGGCACUUUCUCCAUCAUAUUUAAGUUCACAAGCUGGUCUCCGAACCCCACUAGGUACUCCUGAAGCACAGACUCUUGCACGUUUGAUCUGUCAGAGUUAUAGGGUCUACAUGGGCGUUGAGUUGCUCAAAUCCAACACUGAAGGGAGUGAAUCUGUUCUCAAGACCUUGUGGCAUCACUCGGAAGCUAUCAUGUGCUGCUCUCUUAAGGCAUUGCCCGUUUUUACAUUCGCAAAUCAGGCUGGUCUAGACAUGUUGGAGACAACCCUGGUUGCUCUGCAGGACUUAACUUUGGAGAAGAUAUUUGAUGAACAUGGACGAAAGUCUCUCUGCACGGAAUUCCCACAGAUAAUGCGACAGGGAUUUGCUUGUCUACAAGGUGGAAUAUGUUUGUCAAGCAUGGGAAGACCAGUUUCAUAUGAGAGAGCAGUAGCUUGGAAAGUGUUGAAUGAAGAAGAGAAUGCUCAUUGCAUCUGCUUUAUGUUUAUCAAUUGGUCUUUUGUCUAAACUUUUGCACCCUCGUGGUGAGACAAAAUUAUCGGACAAUGUUUCGUUGGUUUGAUUGUGUAGUGGCAAAAACCCCUUAUGUUAAAUCUUCAGGUCUGUUAUUCCUCCGUACUUUUAAUGUAAUGAGUAUUUUAUGCUCGAA